AGCAAAAGGUCACUCCUCAUCAUCAUCUACACAAUUAAACAUCAUCAGACCAUCGAGCAUCACUUCACUCAAAAACUUCUCAAAGCAGUCAACAAACUCUUUUCCUCUCUGAACAGGACUACAAGAACCACACCAAAGAUUUGAUUGGAUUCUGACUUGGAUGUCAAUCUGUCUGCAGAGAAAGAUGAUUAUCUUGCGAUAUCUGAUGGUUGUGCUCUCUAGCUGGCCCCUGGGAGAAACUUUUAUUCUGAAAUCCUCAGGGCAGAAACCCAAAGCAACUCCAACAGACUUUGCUCCAGUCAUCACUCUGAACAGUUGCCAAGGGGAACCCCUGUCAGACAUCAAACAGUUCCUUCUGAGGGGUCUGAACCUGCAGAGAGAGCCUCAGACGGAGAGGACUGGACUGGCCUCACUCAGGGAGCAGUGGAUGGCUGCAUUCACAACCCAACGCAGUGACUCUCAGACAGCACUGGACAGCAACGCAGGGAACUCCCAGCAAGAGUUCUCUGGAAAUACAACAGGGCCACACUGCUGUCAACUGGUCUCUAAGAUCUACAUACAAGACCUGGGCUGGGAGAACUGGAUCAUCUACCCAGAGAGGUUUACCUUCACCCAGUGUGCAGCCUGCACCACACAGCUGAACCCUGCAGGCCAACAGUGUGGAGCGCACCUUCCCUCACAGGACUCCCCUCCAGAGGUUUCCUGCUGCAAACCUGCAUCCCAACACCUGGUGCCAGUGCUCUACCUGGAUGAAUUCAACACACUGAUCAUCUCCUCUGUGUAUCUGACCCGGGACUGCAGCUGCAAACCAGCCAUCAACCCCCAUCGCCGUACUUAAUAGACCUGUCCAUUCUCCAACUGUUUUAUACUAUAGUAUAGAGCUCUCUAAAUAAGAUCCAUACUCUACAUUUUAUGUACUGUACAUGGUCAUGUUCCCAUACUCACAUGAACCCCAUCGCCUUACUAACUAAACAUAGAGUGGAAGUCGGAGGUUUACAUACACUUAGGUUGGAGUCAUUAAAACUCGUUUUUCAACCACUCCACAAAUUUCUUGUUAAUAAUCAAUAGUUUUGGCAAGUCGGUUAGGACAUCUACUUUGUGCAUGACACAAGUAAUUUUUCCAACAAUUGUUUACAGAGGUGUACCUGUGGAUGUAUUUCAAGGCCUCCCUUCAAACUCAGUGCCUCUUUGCUUGAUAUCAUCGGAAAAUAAAAAGGAAACAGCCAAGACCUUA